GCCCCCUCAUAACACUUGAGAACCGGAAGUGCCAGGCCGGAACCAUCUUUACAGGAUGUUUGAGACCCUCGCGUCCAUCCGGAAGACUUCCGGUCUGAAGGGAGGGAGGAGGUAGGACGAAGAGAACGUACGGAGAUCUCGCGAGGUUUUGCGGCCUACUCUCAGAGCAGUAGGCCUGAUCGUAGAGGCCUCUGGCUUGAAGAUAGGCUGCCUCAGUCUUCCUCCAGCGAAGGCGCGCAGGCGCAGUAGGGAGAGACCUGCGCCGGCCGUCUCCCUUCUGUCUCUCUGUGUGAGGAAGAGAGAGAGAGAGAGCCGUUUGGAGGCCGCUUCUCUUUCUCGUCCUGAAGCUUUCCACGUCGCUCCUGAGGGGAAAGGCAUAGGCCUCGCUCGGGCCCAGCCGGGAAAUGGGGCGGAGAGGAGGAGGCCGGCGGCGAGGCUGGGCUUAGGCAGAAGCCAAGCGGAGGAGGAAGAGGAGGCCUCGUCCUUGGCCUCGCCGUCGUCGUCAUUAGGGUCUCUCCAAUCGAUGGCCUCUCAGCCGGGGGCGCCUUGACGGAUUAUCCUCGGAAGGAUCCCGAUGCCGAGCACUUCGGAGGCGGCGAGCCGGGCCCGGAGCGGCGGCGGCGGCGGCGGAGGCGGGAGUAGCAGGGGCUCCGAGUCUCCGUCGGCGGAGAAGAAGCGGCUGCACCACCGUCGGCGGAAGCGCUACUCCUCGGCCCCUCAGGCUCCGGCGCUGCCUCCUCUCCCUCUCCCGCUCCCUGCUCCGGUGGCGGCCCCUCCGACCCCUUCGCUGCUCUUCCCGCUGCUGCAGCCUCAGCCCUCCCUCCUGCAGCCCCCGCUGCCGCCGCAGUCGCUGCUCUUCCUGGCGGCCACCGGAGGGGCCUCGGCUUCCUGCUGCGGGGGCGACAAGGGCGGGGAGCGCAAGCGGGCCAGGGGGAAGAGGCGCUCGGGGCCUCGGCACAAGCGCAGGAGGGGAAGGCUAGGCGGAGGGGGAGGGCUCGGGGGGCUGGGCCUGGCCGCCUCGGAGCGCCGCGGGAGCGCCUUGGGGGCGCUGGGAGGAGGGGAGUACGACGACGUGAGUUCGCAGUCGGAGGGGCCUUUGGGCGGAGGAGGGGUGGCUGGGAGUGGCGGGGGAAGCCCGGCUUCGGGCAGCCGGAGGGCGCGCAGGGAGCACCGCAGCAGCAGCAGGCGGCGCUCCUCCCGGGAAGGGCACCGGGAGCACCGCCGGCGGGGGGAGGAGAAGGAGAAAGACAAGGAGAAGGAGAAGGCCAAGGGGGCGUUGGGGGCGGCGGACCAGAAGCAACCGCAGCAGCAGCAGCAGGCGCAGGAGGCUCCCGCCGGGGCCGCCUCCUCCUCCUCCUCGUGCUCCAAGUCCCGCGGCAGCCGCCACAACCACAGCGGAGGACCGGAAGGCGGUGGCGGCAGCGAAGGCCGCAGGAAGGGCUCGCCCAGCAGCAGCGGCACCAGCAGCCGGAAGGAGCGGGAGAGCAAAAGCCACCGGAGCCGCAAGGAGCCCCCCUCGGCUUACAAGGAGCCUCCCAAGGCUUACCGGGAGGAGAAGGCCGAGCCCCGGGCUUACCGUCGGCAACGCUCCUCGCCCAGCCCCGGCCGGGAUGACAGCCCGCCCGGGCACAGGACCUCCUCCUCGCAGGGCCAGCGGAGCCGCAAGUCGCCCCUCAGCCCCCGCUCGCCCCUCAGCCCUUACCGGCGACGCUCGCCCAGCUACAGCCGGCACAGCUCUUUCGAGCGCGGCGGGGACGCCUCCCCCGGGCCCUACAGCUCCUGGCGACGCUCCCGGAGCCCCUACAGCCCGGCCGUCAGGAGAUCAGCAAAAUCCAGAAGCAGAAGCCCUUAUUCGUCACGGCACUCAAGAUCCCGUAGUAGGCACAGGGUGUCAAGAUCUAGAAGUCGACAGUCGAGUAUUUCCCCUAGCACUCUGACUCUAAAAAGUAGUCUAGCUGCAGAGCUGAACAAGAACAAAAAAGCUAGAGCAGCAGAAGCAGCCAAAGCCAAUGCAAAGGCUUCAAACACUUCUACACCUACUAAGGGAAGCACUGACACAGGAAUGACUAUCCCUCAAGCUAACAAUGUAAAGGAAAUAAAGAAAGUAAAGACUGAACUUGCACCUUCCCCUUCAGUUGUGUCAGCUUUGAAAAAUGAUAAGGCAAAGACAAAAAAUCCUGUUCAGGAAACAAAGGGGGAAAACAAUUUGGUCGUAGAGAAAGCUGCUAAGCAAAAAAAUCCAGUGGUGAAAGACAGUAAAUCAACUCCAGUGAAGACACCAACACAACCCGUUGCAGUGAAAGAAAAAAGCAAGUCCCAACCCUCAUGUGCAGCACCUAAGGAAAAGGAUCACAGUGUUACACUAAUAACGUCUACGCUGCCACCCUUGCCUCUUCCUCCUUUGUUGCCAGAAGAUAAAGACACUAUCAGUUUCCAAGGGAGCAUGUCUGCAAAAGCAGUUAAAAAAGAAGUAGAGAAGAAAUUGCGCCACUUGCUUGCAGAUCUACCACUGCCACCUGAAUUGCCUGGAGGAGAUGAUGAAUCCAGAAGCCCUGAAGAGAAGAAAUUAACAGUGCAACCACAUCAUAAAAAGAGACCGAAGAUAUGUGGACCACGCCAUGGUGAAACAAAGCAGAAAGAAAUUGAUUGGGGGAAACGCUGCGUUGAUAAAUUUGAUAUAAUUGGCAUAAUUGGUGAAGGCACUUAUGGACAAGUUUAUAAAGCAAGAGAUAAAGAUACAGGGGAAAUGGUGGCACUAAAAAAGGUACGGCUAGAUAAUGAAAAGGAAGGGUUUCCUAUCACUGCUAUUCGAGAAAUAAAGAUUCUCCGACAACUUAAUCACCAAAGCAUAAUCAACAUGAAAGAAAUAGUAACAGAUAAGGAAGAUGCUUUAGAUUUCAAAAAGGAUAAAGGUGCUUUUUACCUGGUGUUUGAAUACAUGGAUCAUGAUCUGAUGGGACUUCUGGAAUCUGGUUUAGUUCAUUUUGAUGAAAAUCAUAUUAAAUCCUUCAUGAGACAGUUGAUGGAAGGCUUGGAUUACUGCCAUAAGAAAAAUUUCUUGCACAGAGAUAUUAAAUGCUCCAACAUCUUAUUAAACAAUAGAGGGCAGAUCAAACUUGCAGAUUUUGGCCUUGCUCGGCUGUAUAGCUCUGAGGAGAGUCGGCCAUAUACCAAUAAAGUUAUCACAUUAUGGUACCGUCCACCAGAACUUUUGCUGGGAGAGGAACGAUAUACACCUGCCAUUGAUGUCUGGAGCUGUGGAUGCAUACUGGGUGAACUUUUUACUAAAAAACCAAUCUUUCAAGCAAAUCAGGAAAUUGCUCAGCUGGAACUGAUAAGCCGCAUUUGUGGUAGUCCUUGUCCAGCAGUAUGGCCUGAUGUGAUAAAAUUGGCAUAUUUCAACAGUAUGAAGCCAAAGAAGCAGUACCGUCGAAGACUGAGAGAAGAAUUUGCUUUUAUCCCUACAGCUGCUCUAGACCUUUUUGACUAUAUGCUGGCUCUGGAUCCAAGUAAACGCUGCACAGCAGAACAGGCACUUCAGUGUGAAUUUCUGCGAGAUGUUGACCCUUCAAAGAUGCCUCCACCAGAUCUUCCAUUAUGGCAAGAUUGCCAUGAGCUAUGGAGUAAGAAGCGUAGAAGACAAAAGCAGAUGGGCAUGUCUGAUGAUGGAACUAAAAUUCCUCGAAAAGAUUUGUCCUUAGGAAUGGAUGAUAGCAGAGCCAACACCCCUCAGGGCCUGCAGACGUCUUCUCAACUGAAAAUUCAAGGCAAUUCUAACUUAGCGCUUGUGAAAGGUGGCAGUGGUCAGCCACUAAAUCAAAAUGAAGUGGCCUUUCUUCUUAACCUGCUUCAGUCUAAAACCAGUAUUAAUAUGGCACAAUUUGCUCAAGUGCUGAACAUUAAGGUGAAUCCUGAGACUGAGCAACAGCUAAAUAAAAUAAGCCUUCCAUCUGGCAUUUUGGAAGCUGGAGAAAAACAGCUUGAGCCUCAGCUUCUGCAGCAGCAGCAACCACCGCCGCCGCCGCCACCACCACCACCACCUAAGGCACCACCACCACCCUCACCCUCACCAGAACAGGAGCCUUUAAAACAAGCAGCAGCUCCUCCUCCUGUGCAGACUGCUCAAUUAACCCAAACAAAAAUUGACACAGAGGUUACUCAGGCAGCUGUGCAGAGUGCAUUCACUGUUUUGCUGUCUCAGUUAUUAAAGGCUCAGCAACUGAAGCAAAAAGAAGAUGUAGUAGAAGAGAAGGAGAAUGGCUCAGGAAGUGAAAUGCCAUUACAUCCCAGGCAGCCCCCAGAGCCAAGUACGCCUGCAUCUGGCAACUGGGAGGAUGCAGACUCUCCAAUGUCCAUUUAUCCCCAUCUUAUCAAAUCAUUAUAUGCAUGUGCAGGACAAGACGAUUUGGUCAGGCACCCUGAGAUGAGACCUCAAACGCCAGAAGAACGACCUCGAAUCUUGCCUCCAGACCAGCGCCCCCCUGAGCCACCAGAACCACCACCUAUCACUGAAGAAGACCUUGAUUAUCGGAUAGGGAACCAACAUUUAUCAUCAUUGUUUAGCUCUGCAGGGAUGGAUCCUAAUGCUGGAGUGAAAGCAGCUCUUCUACAGCUACUUGCUCAGGCUCAAACAACUGAGAAACCAGCAACAUCUAAUGUGGAUUUCCAAACAAGAGAUUCCUUUAUGACAGGUCCAGACUAUAAGGAUAGUUUUGGAUCUUCUACAUUCUCUUCUGCUCAUUACAGUACUAGUGACGGAAUAGGAAGUGGAUCUUCUGGGACUUUAGAAAGGGGAAACUUUAUUGGGAAUUCAGAUGUGCAACCCUUGGAGAAUUACAAUACUGCUUCUUCUCACACUAGUAGUGCCCCUCCACCUCCUGCCUUUUCAGAACCAUUUCAUAGCUCUGUAACUGGUUAUGGAGACAUUUACCUCAACACUGGUCCCAUGCUAUUUAGUGGUGAUAAGGACCAUAGAUUUGAAUAUAGCCAUGGUCCCAUCACUGUUCUGAGUAACAGUGGUGACACAUCUGCAGGGUCUGGAUCUGAAAGUACUCAUUCUUUGUCUUCAAAGAUGCAGAACUAUAGCUAUGGCACCAAUUUACAAGAGCCCCCUGGUAGUGUUGGCCAUAUGCACGGACAAACAUGGACUUCUCCUCCUCAAGGACCUGGAUAUUCACAAGGAUACAGGGGACAUAUUAGCACAUCAGCAGUCAGAGGACGAGGCAGAGGAUUGCCAUAUUGAGCAUUUGUUUUGUUUUUUUCCCUCAGGCACAUCAUUUUUACCUGGAAAGACUUUGUAGCUGUGAUUUCAAAGCAGCAGUCCAACAGACUUGAAUAAUGUUAAUUCAACAGCUUUAUUUUUAUGUGGAAAAGGGUCUUGCAUACAAUAGGAAAUUGCUUACAAUUCAUGCUGUUCCGAGUACCAGAAAAUUGAUUGUACAUCUUUGCAAAUCCUAGCUAUAAAUUUUAUAUUUUGGCAGUUUUAAGUCAAUGCUAAAUUUAGGGACAUCAGCUUUUUAUGGCACACUGUCAGAUCUGAACUAUGCACACACUUGUGCUUUUUUGUAAGUUUGGACCAACUUUUAUGUAAAAAUUUUACAACAAUCAAACAGGGCACUGAUUUAUUUGGUAUUUCUUUUUACAAAACUCCUUUAGUCAAAACGUCACUGUCCUUGCACUGCUUUCAGUGUUAUCUGUGGAAGGUGUUCUUUGUGCUCAUUUCAGACAAAUAAAAUACAGUCUUUCUUGAUACUA